ACCGCAAACAGAUCUUCACGGCAAAAAAUGGAAAAUGUCCCCUGUCCAAGGACAAGGAUGAACGAUCUCUUGAUUGCUUCCUCUUUCUACUAAACUUUCAAUUAAGAAAUGCAAUUAACCCAAAUCAAUAAAAAUUAGUAUCACUCACUUCAACAAUCACAACUUCGCCAUUGAUUUUUCUCUCUCAAAAUCAGAUCUCCCUCCUUCUCUAUCUCAUCCUUUAAACCCUAGAGGAAAAUCCAUUUCUAGCUCUAUAGACUACAACAACUUAAGUCUCUAGCUUCACGAUUUCUCUCUGCAAUGGUGGUCUGCAAAUGCCGUAAGGCUACAAAACUAUAUUGUUUCGUUCAUAAGGUUCCUGUUUGUGGAGAAUGUAUCUGCUUCACGGAGCAUCAGAUAUGUGUGGUUCGUACUUACUCUGAGUGGGUAAUAGAUGGAGAGUAUGAUUGGCCUCCAAAAUGUUGCUCGUGCCAAGCUGUGCUUGAAGAGGGGAAUGAUUCUCAAACCACCCGAUUGGGUUGCCUGCACGUUUUACACACAAAUUGUUUGGUUUCCCAUAUCAAGAGCUUUCCUCCUCAUACUGCACCAGCUGGAUAUGUAUGCCCUUCAUGUUCCACAUCGAUAUGGCCUCCCAAGAGUGUUAAAGAUUCAGGAUCUCGACUUCAUUCAAAGCUGAAGGAGGCUAUCAUGCAGACUGGUUUGGAAAAGAACUUAUUUGGAAAUCAUCCUGUUUCUUUGCCGGCACCACCUCCUGCAUUUGCCUCAGAUCCAUUGGUUGCCAUUUCUUCAUCGUCCUCACUGACAAAAGAUGAAAUAAAUAUAUCUGAAGGAUACUUAUCUGCAACUGGAACAGGGCCUCCUAAAAUUUCAGUACCAGAUAUUGUGGAAAUUGAUAGCCCCAGUUCAGCAGGGAAUUAUUUGCAGAGCGCCAGUCCCACUGGCCCUGGGGCUACAACACGAAAGGGUGGAAUCCAUGUUGACAGGCAGAAUUCAGAAAGUUCAUACUAUGCAGACGAUGAAGAUGGGAAUCGUAAAAAAUAUAGUCGAAGGGGUCCAUUCCGCCACAAGUUCCUUAGAGCAUUGCUUCCAUUCUGGUCAAGUGCAUUACCAACUUUACCAGUAACUGCACCUCCGCGUAAGGAUGCAUCAAAUGCAGAUGAUGCCUCAGAAGGUCGUGCAAGGCAUCAAAGACCAUCAAGAAUGGAUCCAAGAAAAAUCCUUCUUUUUAUAGCUAUCAUGGCUUGCAUGGCAACUAUGGGUAUACUGUAUUACAGAAUCGCACAGCGGGGUUUUGAGGAAGAGCAGCCGGAUGAUGAGCAGCAGUAAUUCUUACUUGAGGUUGUGAUGGAAUUAUAGUGAUCAUUUAUUGUACCUGUAUAUGCAUGCCUGCCUGGUGGUUAAUGGUGAUUUUGCUAUUGCUGCUGCAUUUUGUGUGUGGCUCCUCCCGUGUGUGCAUCAGUACUUGUUUAUGAGUGAAAUGUAGAAGGGGAUAGAAGAGAGUUUUAUUUCUAGUGUCAAUGGCGGUAAAAUGUUGCAUGAUCUACCUUGACAAUGUUCCUCUUAGGCCAUUUUCAUUUUUGUCUAUUUGAAGCCAUUUUCAUUUUUUUUCUAUUUGAAAUCGAAUCUGAGGACCAGGUUAAAAGGAGA